GUAUCAUCGACAGCGUAAUGAAUACUAUAACAGACCAGAAGACAUUGAAAGGAUUAUUCAAGAAUUGGAAGAUGAGGAUAAUGAAUAUGAUGUACUUGAUGACUAUGGCUCAGAUCAUGAUGAUGAUCCUGAUUUCGAGCCAGAGGUAAUUGAAAACUCGGAUCAUGACAGUGAUUCUGAAGAGGAAUUAGAUUCACCGUCCACUGCAGAUGAAAUUGAAGAAAGUGUAGGUGAGAAUUUUCGUUUUUUUAUUGGUAAAGAUGGUGAGACUUUGUGGGCUAACGAACCAGUAGCAAGUAUUUCAAAAACGAAAUCAAAAAAUAUAAUCAAGAUUUUUCCCGGCCCAAAAGGAGCUGCUCGUCAAUGUAAAACAGAAAUUGAAUGUUUUUCACAAUUUUUUUCUCUGGAUAUAGUCGAUAAAAUAGUUUCACACACAAAUACUUACAUUCAAUGGAGAAAACUUGCAAACCCUAAUAGUAGGGACCGUAAUUUUAGAUUGACAAAUAAAAAAGAAAUACAAGCUGUUUUCGGGGCCUUAUUUUUGAUUGCCGUAAAGAGGGCUAAUAGAACAAAUUUGAGUGAAUUGUUUACCUCAAAUGGAACCGGUCUUAUGAUUUUACGUGCCAAUUUCAGUGAGAGGCGCUUCAGAUUUCUUAUGAGGUGCAUACGUUUCGAUGAUAUAAGUACAAGGACAGAUCGGGUAAAAAAUGAUAAAUUGGCCCCAAUACGAGACCUAUUGAAUUGCUUUGUAAUUAACUCCCAACAGUCAUAUUCUCCCGGCGAAUUCACCACUAUUGAUGAAAUGUUAGUCGCUUUCCGAGGCCGCUGUGGAUUCAUUCAAUACAUGGACAAAAAACCGGCGAAAUAUGGACUAAAGAUGUAUGCACUGUGCGAUGCCCGAACGUUUUAUACGUAUAAUUUAGAAAUUUACUGUGGAAAGCAAGACACGGGCCCUUUUGCGACAUCGAACAAGCCCUAUGAUAUAGUUACCAGACUAACUGAACCUAUUCAAAAAUCAAAGCGAAACGUUACAACCGACAACUGGUUUAGCAGUUAUCCAUUAGCUGAAAACUUACUAAAAAACGGAUUAACUUUUAUGGGCACCAUAAAAAAAAACAAAAAAGAAAUACCUCCCGAAUUUAUUGUUCAGCAUAGAAAUUUGGAACCUGGUACACAUCAAUUCGGUGCCCAACCAGACAUGACGCUAGUAUCUAUGGUGACGAAAAAGAAAAAAGUUGUACUUGUAUUGUCUUCAAUGCACGAUGAUAAUUUCACUGAUGAAGGUACAGGUAAACCAAACCAAAUAAUGGAUUACAACGCUACUAAAGGUGGAGUAGACACGGUAGAUUUGAUGUGUGCCAGAUGUUCCACGUCGAGAAAUACUCGUAGGUGGCCAAUGAUAAUCUUGGACUAUCUAUUUGCCAAAGUGAAAUACCAAAACAAACAAAACUCUUCAAUAACUGACAGAAACAUCUUAGUUGUUAGUAAUAUUUAG